AUGCUCGAGCAAAAUAUAAUUAGACCAUCGGACUCUGCUUGGAGCUCUCCUAUUUGGAUUGUACCCAAAAAGGCGGACGCUUCCGGCAAAAUAAAAUGGCGUCUAGUUGUGGACUUCAGGAAGGUGAAUGAAAAGACAGUCGAUGACAAAUAUCCUAUUCCUAAUAUAACCGAUGUUCUAGACAAACUGGGCAAAUGUCAGUACUUUACCACGCUCGAUUUAGCCAGUGGAUUUUAUCAGGUAGAAAUGGAUCCCGCGGACAUUCACAAAACUGCUUUUAAUGUAGAGAAUGGGCAUUACGAAUUUCUUAGGAUGCCAAUGGGCCUGAAAAAUAGUCCAUCGACCUUCCAAAGGGUGAUGGACAACGUAUUAAAGAACUUACAGAACGAAAUUUGCUUAGGUGGCUACGGAAUGAAAAUAAAAGCUGUGCAUGUAAUUACUCACUCAAAAACUGCAGAAACAAUAUUUACAUUUUGCAAACAAAUUUUAAGCGCAAAAUUAUUUCAACGUUUUCAAAUACAUAAGGAUUUGGAAUCACUGCACAAGGUUGUCCAAAGAGAUGUCUUGCCAGAAGAGCUAGGUGGAAAUGAGAGGUCUAUAACUAAAUUACAUAGGGAAUGUAUAGAUGUUAUUAGUUCAAAGGAGUUUCAAGAAUAUUACAGCGAAAUGAAAGGAGCUUUAACAAACGAAAAGUACAGACAGACUGACAAAUUUAACGAAGAGUAUAUGGGAAUAGCAGGCACAUUUAAAACAUUAAAUGUAGAUUAG